AUCAGACUCCAAACUUGGAUUCCUACCUCUGAAUCGCGGGUCUACAGGUUGCUGCUACAGGGAUUUGCAAAUCGCUGUUGUUUACGAGUUGAUCUGCUUACUAGUAGGCAUCAAUCUCGCGUCGCUACAUUCUCGUCAGCCUGUGUAAUCUGCGUAUACUUUUCAUUCAUUUCAAGACGAUCUGUGGACUACCACCAACGAGAGUGUUCGUGUUACGGAUACCCUGCUUGACACAGAUCAACAGUGCUGCAACUGACCUGGUUCACCCGGACUGCCUCCUCCAUAAUAGUCUUGCUGAAGUUUUCCUGUUCGUAGUUAGCCGCCGCGCUAGCAGGCUAACACUUUCUGGUGCUCUUAGCUGGAUAGCUAGGAUGCGCUGUCUCGCUGCCAUGACUCUCUACUCUGCGGCUGAACUUCUAAAACUCAGCACUCUCUCUUCUCCGAACUGUCUUGAGGUCAUCAGAUCUCUCUGCCUACUUCGUCGCCCCCGCUACGUGCAUAGGGCUGCCAGGCACAAGUUUGUUUACAUGGAUAAUACUCUUGCUGUCCCCUCAGUUAGGUGCACCGCUUCUCUGCUGCAACGUCAUCAUAACAAACCACGCCCACUUGCUGUCAACCGGUGUCCUCUGCUCCCCAUCAAUUGCACUGUGACCCCUGCUGCUGCCUCCAUGAAUAGGGCUGCCACAUUUAUGUUAUUAAACACUCGCUCACUAAAUAACAAAGCCCCACUAAUUUAUGAAGUUAUUCUGGAUAAAAAGCUGGACUUCCUAUGUCUGACAGAGACAUGGCAGAGCCAGCAGGACUUCGUAACCCUUAACCAAGCCACUCCCCCAGACUAUGUGUAUCUUCAUAAGGCCCGUAGCCUUGGCCGUGGUGGUGGGCUAGCUGUUAUUCAUCGAUCUAAUAUACUGGUCAAAGAAUUUCCAGUCAGCUCCACUUCCUUCGAAAGUCUCCAUUUUGCAUUGGCAGGCGCUACACAGCUCCAAGUGCUGCUUAUCUACCGGCCGCCUAAAGCCUCCACCCACUUCUUGUCAGAGCUCUCCGGGUUGCUUGCCACCAUCUGCCCCAUGUACCCAUCUACUAUUUUAAUGGGUGACUUUAACAUUCAUGUGGACUCGGCUAACUGCCCCUUUGCCUCUGACUUUUUGUCACUAUUGGACUGUUGUAUUGCGCAACAUGUGCAUGUUCCAACACACACCAAGGGGCACACCCUUGACCUUGUGUGCUCCACUGGAAUCACCCCCUGUCAUCUCCAGUGUGAUGACCUGGCUAUUUCGGACCAUCUCGCCAUCUCAUUCUCUGUUUCUGUGCCCCUUCCCAGUCAGCCCAGUAAACGAACCAUCACAUUUCGGAAAACCAAACAGGUCUGCACAUCCCUGUUGUCUUCCACCCUUGUGACCCACCUGGCCACUCCCCCUCUUAACACCACCGUGGAUGGUCUGGUGGAACACUACAAUACUGCUCUCUCCCUCAGUCUGGACUCAGUUGCCCCUCCCAUAACCCGGUUGGUCUCAUUUGCACGCCCCGCUCCCUGGUUUACUCCUGAGCUCCGCCUCAUGAAAGCAGCCGGCCGCCAGCUUGAGAGGCGCUACAGGACAUCUGGCCUCACCGUACACCAUGAGGCCUACAAAGACCACAUCAGGGACUACAAGGAGGCUCUCUUGAAGGCGAAGACACUCUACUACUCCAUACUUAUUAAUAACCAACAAAACCACCCUAAAAAGCUUUUCAUAACAAUCAACCGACUACUGCGCCCUCCUGAUUCCCCCCAACCCUCUGAUGCAGCUGAUCUGUGUUCCAGGUUCCUGGACUUCUUUCAGAAAAAAGUGGAAACUAUUCAUAAUCACCUUCUGCAAUAUUCUACGCCACCCCCCCCUUCUCCCACCAUC